UUUCUUUCUUUUCAAAUCAAUGUUGUUAUUGUGGAGGCCAGGGCUUGCUUACACUGGACGUCACAAUGUGGACGCACGGAAAUUUAGUAAUGAUUGUGGGUUUGGCCUACAGCAUAUCUGACCAAAGCGUCGUCCAUGGGCUCAGUAAUGAGACUGAAAUCCACAAACUGACCAGCGCUGUGUCAAUGUUCUCGAAUGACCUGUACCGGACAUUAGCCGUUAACGCUGUGAAUAUAGUCUACAGUCCUUUUAGUAUCCACACGGCUUUGUCCAUGGCGUAUUUGGGCGCCAGAGAGGAAACGGAGCUAAGUAUGCAAACCACACUUAGGCUUUCCAAAUUUAUAUCACUGGAAUCACACUUCGUUGCUUUCGAUUUGAUUAAUGACGUCACUCAGAUGGACACUGUCCAGGUUUAUGUUGCAAAUGGUAUGUGGUUGAAUGCAUCGUUUAAAGUAUUACAAGAUUACCAGGAAGUUACUUCGGUCUUGUAUAAUGCAGUCUCACAGAAUAUCGAGUUCACAUCCCCAGAUGGCCCAGAGACUCCAAUUAACAGCUGGGUUGCUAAUCAAACUAGAAACCAAAUUACUUCAUUUCUGCUCCCAAAUACAAUCAGCUUAGACACUCGUCUGAUUUUAAUCAACACUUUGUAUUUCAACGGGACCUGGAAGUCUCCAUUCGAUGGCGCUUUCACCAAGAAAGACACGUUCACACUUUCCAACGGAAGCCAAAUAGAAACUGAUUUUAUGAUGCAAACCGAAGAAUAUGGCGUCAAAUUCUCUGCAGUGGAGGGUAUCGACGUAAUAAGAAUCCCAUUUAAAAAGAAUAGAUUUGCCUUUUACAUUGCACUUCCGAGAUCUGUCUCCGGGCUCAAUGACUUUGAACAGAAACUAAUGAAACAAAGCUUUGACAUUAAUCAUCUGUUCACUGAUCUGGAGAAGACGUACGUCAACCUUAAAAUGCCAAAGUUCAAGCUGACUGCUUCCAUACAUCUCACUAGAAGUCUGAAGGACUUAGGCAUGGCAAUAGCAUUUGGGCCAAAGGCUAAUUUCUCUGGAAUUUCCGAUCAAGAUUUGUUUAUAUCAGAUGUCGUUCAGAAAGCGACUAUUGAAGUCCAAGAGGCUGGAGUGACUGCAUCGGCAGCUUCUGGUGUUUUAUUAAAGGAUGUUGCCUUUUUUGAGUCCUCUGUGGAUUUCUAUGUGGAUCAUCCUUUCAUGUUCUUCCUUCGGGACGAUGACAUUGAGCUGAUACUCGUCGUUGGGAAAUUGAUGGAUCCAGCAUUGACUGAGAUAUCACUAGACUAGCUUUGUCCUAGCGAGACGAUCUCGUUAGAUUUAUGAUACAUUUCAAAGAUUAAUAAGUCAAUGUAUCGUUGUAUGGGGCAUGAAAAUAAACGAAAAAAAAACUUUU